GCUGGUGAUAAAGAAUGUAAUUUAAAAAAAAAAGAUUUAUGUUUUUUUAAAACGGCGUUUAUUUUUAGUUUCGUCGUUCCUUAAGUGUGGAAUAGUGAAGUGUUAUUUAUGUCGUUUUAUUAGAUUUUUUAUAGUAUUUUAUAGUUAUUACCGUGGUGUACUGUUUGACAUCAAGUAAGAUUAUAGAACUGCGUUGUCGGUAACAGGACAUCAUGCCGUUCAUCGACAUAGCAUUCGCGGCGGAGGUUAGCAGGUUCGAAGACCCGGAGUUCGAGGAGCACGCGCGCCGCAACUGCAAUGAGGACCCCCACACGAGACAACACGCGAUAGAAGAGCUCCGGAAUAUGGUGUACGAAAGAGGCGAAUGUCACCCGAGGCGCAUGGAUGAUGCAUAUCUUCUCAGAUUUCUGAGAUGUCGACGGUUCAUACCCGCUCUAGCGCACAAACUUAUGGUGCGCUAUGAAGAGUUUAGGAGAAAGAACUCAUACCUAUACGAUUGCAGCGCGUUUGGUCUGCAGAAAGUGAAGCAUGUUUACGGCGGCACGCUGCCAGAGAGCCCUAUCAACGGAAGAAUCACUCUCAUGAGGUUCGGUAAAUGGGACACAGAAGCUGUGCCAAUAAUGGACGUGGUGCGAUGCGCUCUCAUUAUGGACGAGGUAGCGGUGAUGCAGCCAAAGCUGCAGAUCCUCGGCGUCACCAUCAUUGUCGAUCUGGAGGGGCUGAGUGUGCGACAUGUGCGCCAUCUAACGCCCACCAUCGCGGGACAGAUCGUCAGCCUGAUGGGGGUCAACUUUCCUCUUCUUAUGCACGGCUUGCACAUCAUAAACUACAACUGGUUCCUCAACACUUUCUUCUACGUAUUUAAGCAGUUCAUACCGAGCGCCGCGUGGGGCCGCAUGCACUUCCACGGCUACGACAUGUCUUCCCUCCACAAACAUAUCGACCCAUCAGCUCUGCCUCCGGAAUAUGGUGGCACAUGUCGACAUGUUAUAUCCACAGAAGAAUGGCUAAGAAAAGUCAACAUGUAUAAAGACGAUUUUAUGGUCCAAGAGUUAAGGGAUCUCGGAUUCACUGUUGAGGACUAGGAUAAUAUAAAUUUAGAGUAGUCUACAUUCAAAAUGUACAUUUUGAUAAUAAGUGUAUGAAAACAGAAAUUAUGAUGCUUUAAAUAUAAUCUUGAUAACUUCUUUAGAAAGGCUGAAAUUAUUGUCCAAAAACUAAUAAAAACAUGUAUCUAUACCAAUAUUAUAAAGAGAAAAGAUUUAUAUUUUUGUAUGGAUUAAAAUAACUCAAAAACUACUGGGCCUAUUUUAAAAAUUAUUUCACCGUUAGUUAGGUAAUUUAUCUGUAACAUAGGCUAUAUAUUUUUUUAAUAUCACUCGGACGAGGUCGCGUGCAAUAAGCUAGUAAUUUAUAAUACUAUUAGUAUAGAAAACGAAGCGAUUUAUAAGAUUGAUACCAGCUCCUUUUAACCUAGACUGGGACCAAGUAAAAUUACGUUAAUAUUAUUCUGAAAUGACAAUAAAAA